UUUUCAGGCUCUCAGAGAGUGUAUAGUGUAGAAUUCUGGCUGCUAGUUCAAGAACGGCAUUCCUCAUGACCUGAGGAAGUAUGCGCUUCGGUUCGGGCAGCUACGACGUGCGUCGCAGCGAAGGACUGAACCCGUCGCUGCUGACGACGGCUCGGCACGAGAUCACCUGCACGGUCGCCUUUCUCGAUGGGACCGAACGCCAGUUCCAAGUCGAUCGACAGGCAGCCGGCUAUGUGCUGUUGGACAAGGUCUACGCACACUUGGAACUAGUAGAGAGGGAUUUUUUCGGCCUGCAGUUUCUCUACGUAUUAGGAACCAAGGAAACUCAAAAGCGAUGGCUCGAUCCGAACAAGUCCAUCCGAAAGCAAAUGCUUUGUCCACCUUUUCAUCUUUUGUUCCGAGUCAAGUUCUAUGUCAGCGAUCCCAGCAAACUCGCUGAGGAAUACACUAGGUAUCACUUCUACCUCCAACUUCGAUUAGAUAUCCUUGAAGGUCGCCUUCCUAGUGCUGAAGGAUCUUUGGCAUUGCUGGCCAGCUAUGCUGUGCAGUCCGAACUAGGCGACUAUAACCCCGAAGAGCAUCCGGAAGGUUACCUCGACAACUACCGAUUCGCUCCCGGACAAACGGCUGACUUUGCUAAAAAGGUUGCUGAGCUCCAUGCUAUGCAUAGAGGGCAAAGUCCAGCAGAGGCCGAGUUCAACUUCCUUGAUCAUGCAAAGCGAUUAGAUAUGUAUGGUGUGGAACUUUUCCCGGCGAAGGAUGGAAAAGGUCUACCGAUUGGCAUCGGAGUGAACUCCUAUGGAAUGGUGAUUUUUCACGAAGGAUUGAAAAUCAACGAGUUUGCUUGGGCCACAAUAAUGAAGAUCAGCUUCAAGAAGAAACAUUUCUACGUCCAAAUCAAGCUCGGCGAUCAAAAUACCCCGGACACGGUGCUUUCGUUCCACGUCAACUCGUCACCAGCGUGCAAAUUGCUUUGGAAGGCCUGUAUCGAACAUCAUACUUUCUUCCGGCUUAUCGCCCCACCUUUGGCCCCACCUCGAGGUCUGCUAUCGAUCGGCAGCAAAUAUCGAUACUGUGGCCGAACGGAAUUCCAAACAAUGGAGGACGUGAAACAUCGUGCACGGGUCGAACGCACUUUUCAAAGAUCUCACAGUAAAACGUCGUUUCUGCGCUCGACGUUCAGCGGUGUGCCAUCGUGUGAUUCGUCCAGGACGUUCACGCCGACCACUGCGUCUCCGGAUGUCUCGUCGAGAGUGAUGAGUGUGCAAUCACGGACAGCACGUCGAAUUAUGCCUGGAGAGGAUUCGAUCCUGCUCAGUACUCCACCGUUGAAUGGAUAUUCUAGUGACGGUACCCUCUCGAGAUCUAGGAAACCUUUGGCCGAGGACAGUGAAUCUUCGGCGCCAUCUCUACGCCGACGACCUCGAGAGACAACGUUUGGCGUAUCCGAGGACGACACAUCGGAGGAACGUAACUGGACACCUGCCAUGCAGGCAUGCACAUCAACAGCGGCCGUUCACCAUCGCCCGCCAAGCGGCGGUACUGGGGUUACGAAUGGACGUAGCAAGACGAACGGAUUCCUCACCAACGGAUGCGGUCAAGCAUCGAGCGCGUACGGUACGUACUCAACACCCACUUCUGCGUUGAGUAAUGGAUACACGAAUGGCACACUUUCCUCGAAACCGCCAUUGAACACCGCGAGAGCAUCGCCGAGACUCAGCCAGGGAUGUGGAGCCAGCCCACGAUCCUCUGUUGCAAGCUAUUCGUCACAUACCUCAGGUAUAGGUGCUAGUCCUCCUAUGGCACGACGGUCACCGCAAAGUAACAAGUCAAACUCGCCGGUCACUGAGGAUUCGCUUGUUACGGUGAGGAUGAGACCAGACAGUUUGGGACGAUUUGGAUUCAAUGUCAAGGGUGGUGCUGACCAAAAUUACCCAGUCAUUGUGUCGCGAGUCGCUCCUGGUAGCUCAGCUGAUAAAGCGCAUCCUCGUCUGAACGAGGGAGACCAGGUCCUGUUCAUUAACGGCCGGGAUGUUGCUCCAAUGUCUCACGAUAUGGUGGUGGACUUUAUUCGAAGUGCGCGAGUCGCGCCAAAUGGUGGCGAACUGGUGUUGACAGUGAAGCCAAAUGUUUACCGUCUUGGCGAAGAAGUCGAUGAACCUGAAGGAGCUACCGUACCCGAAUCGCUGAAGGUAGCGGAAAGCGUACCUCGAAGUGAUAAACUCUCACAUUCGUUACGACUUCUAAGUGAUGCCCUCACGACAGGACGGAUAGUGGCUCAUUUUGAGCAGCUGUAUCGAAAAAAGCCAGGAAUGACCAUGAAUGACUGUAGACUACCUCAAAAUCUCAACAAAAAUAGGUACCGAGAUGUUUGUCCAUAUGAUGCCACAAGGGUACAUCUUGUAUCAUCACCAAAUGGUGACUACAUUAAUGCUAAUUAUGUUAAUAUGGAAAUUCCUUCAUCGGGUAUAGUGAAUCGCUACAUAGCAUGUCAAGGACCUCUAGCUCACACCUCAGCUGACCAUUGGUUGAUGGUUUGGGAACAGUUGUGUACACAUAUCGUCAUGCUUACAACAACGAUUGAACGUGGACGAGCAAAAUGUCAUCAGUAUUGGCCAAGAUUACAUGAAAGCCAUGAGUAUGGCCGAUUACUGGUGACAUGCAUUCGAGAUCGUGAAACGCCCAACUGUUCCUACAGAGAAUUCGCUGUGAAAGAUCGGACGUCGAAAGAAGAACGGCGGGUGACGCAAAUGCAAUAUACGGCAUGGCCAGAUCAUGGAGUUCCAGAUGAUCCACAGCAUUUUAUCGCUUUUGUUGACGAGGUUCGUCGUGCAAGAGCUGGCAGUGUGGAUCCGAUCGUAGUGCACUGUUCGGCUGGAAUCGGCCGUACCGGAGUGCUAAUCCUUAUGGAAACAGCUGCUUGUCUUGUCGAAGCCAAUGAACCAGUCUAUCCGCUAGACAUCGUACGGGUAAUGCGAGAUCAGCGAGCAAUGGCCAUUCAGACUGUGGGUCAGUACACAUUCGUAUGCGAGUCGAUUCUACGCGCUUACAAUGAUGGAAUUAUUAAACCAUUAGCUGAGUACCAAAAACGGUAACUACAGUUAAUUCCCAGAAAACUUUCCCAUCUAAACCCUAUAUUGGAAAAUUUCUGUACACGAGUCAGGGUCUUCACAUGAUUUAUUCCCAUUAGAAAUCAGAUUUAUCAAAGCCAAAGCAAAACGAAUAGAUAUUGAUGCUAAAACCGAUGCGUAUAUCGAAGCUCUCCUAGUCAUCUCUUUCACCGAUUUUCCCAUCUUUCAUGCAUUUUCUCAAAUAUUUUUAUUGUGCAGAAUUGUUUGUUGCUAUCGUAUACUAAAUUGAAAACGGUUAUUUUCACAUCUGUUGAAGCUGUUCUUUAUCAUUUCCGUGAUUUCUUUCCUUUUCUUUCCGCUCUUUUCUCACAUUGUUGGUGCUUCAGAAUUGUGAAAGCGCCAGCUUCUCUGCGAAAAUUUUUCAUAGAUUUGAGCCAAGUCCAUCUAGGGCUGGCUCGCGCUCAAGCAUUUGUUAAAUACCCUUGAUCGCAUCGCCUCAGCUCUCUCAUUUUGCAAAACCGCAAUCGAUUCACGGCAAAAGCGCCAGUCUGACUGCGAUUACUCUUUCUUUGCUGUGCAUAUUGAAGUGAUAUCAGAAUGCC